AUGUACGCAUUAAAUAGGAGUGGCCGUAUUACCCCCGUUUUUACCCGAGUGCCAACCCCUUCGAGCCGUAGCAGCAGUACGGCCCAACGAACUUGGGUUGGUACCGUGUGCAUCGCAGUUCGGGCCUGCCAGGGGGCUAUACGGCCCAGUUCCAUCUCGCACAAGGGCUUGGCCCGACACGGUGAGACUCCCUGCCCUGCCCUAUCGCCGCCGCCGGCCGCCAUUGCCAGUAAACCUUCAACCGGUGACUCCCACCGCCCCCAAAGGCCAAAACCUACUCGCCCUACCGCCUCAUCCCCAAACCCUACUACCACCCGGCCCCCUUCGCCGCCGCAGCAGCAGCACGGGAACCUCGCCGCGGACGCCAUGUCGUCGCGGCUGUGCGUGAAGAAUCUGCCCAAGGGCGCCGACGAGAAGCGGCUGCGGGAGGUGUUCUCGCGGAAGGGCGAGGUGACCGACGCCAAAGUCAUCCGAACCAAGGACGGAAAGAGCAGGCAUCUUGCAUUUAUUGGUUUCAGAACCAAUGAAGAGGCAGCGGAGGCCCUCAACUAUUUCAACAAUACAUACAUUGACACUUCUAAGAUCACCUGUGAGAUUGCACGGAAGAUUGGUGAUCCUGAUGCUCCUCGCCCUUGGAGUCGCCAUUCUUUGAAAAAGCCAGAAUAUAAUGCUAAAGACAAGUCUAACAGUGGCGAUGUUAAUGCACCACUGAAGAAUUCCAAGAGCCAAGGAAAGUCUGCUGAUGUGGGAGCUUCUAAAGGCACUAUAGCUAAUGAUCCCAAGUUCCAAGAGUUUCUUCAAGUUAUGCAACCCCGAUCUAAAGCAAAGAUGUGGGCAAAUGAUACAACGGGUACCCUUGAUGAUGCUGCCAAAGAUAGCACGGUAGCUACUGGAUCCAAGAAGUCGCAGAAGAGUGAAAAUGAUUCAUCGUCUGAAAAUGAUUCAUCUUCUGACGAUGAUUUUGAGGAGAAAAUAACAAAUGAUUUGCCCUCACAAAAUGCUUCAGAGAAGCUUCAAACUGAAAGUAAACGAGACAACAGUAUGACAGAUAUGGACUUCUUCAAGAGUAAAAUUAGAAAAGACUGGUCUGAUUCCGAAUCUGAUGAUGAAGAUUCUGGUGAUGAGUUGGGCAACAACACUGAUGAUGAAGAACCAUCUGAUGAAUUGCUUGAGGCAAAUGAAAAGGGUCAGAUGGUGGAUCAAAAGGGUAAUCUAAACCAGAAAAAUCAUGAAGAUAAGAAAGCGCCCAUGGAAGGUAGUGACACGCAAGAAGUGGAAGAUUCUGACAACCAAGACGGUGAACAUAUUGACAGCCAACAAAAAGAUGAAAAUCAUGCCAAUCAAGAAACAGAAGAUGUUGAAGCCGCUUCAACUACUGAUGAAAAGAAGCUGGCACUGGAGACUGGCCGUUUAUAUAUCUGCAACCUUCCAUAUGCAACUACUGAAGAGGAUCUGGUUCAGCUAUGCAGCCAGUAUGGCGAUGUUGAACAGGCACAUAUUGUCGUCGAUAAAACCACUAAGCUCUCAACAGGCAGAGGUUACGUGCUUUUUAGCCUUCCAGACUCAGCAGUCAGGGCACUUGAUGAAUUAGACAACUUAAGUUUUCAGGGGCGACUAUUACGUGUUAAGGCUGCUAAACCACUUAAUAAUAAGACAUUUGAGUCUAGUCAUUUUGCUGUUGACGAGAAAAUGAAUCUCAAGGAGAGAAGGUUGGAACAAAAGAAAACUUCUGAAAUUGGCGGGGAUACAAGAGCAUGGAACAGCUUUUAUAUGCGUCAAGAUACUGUCGUUGAAAACAUAGCAAGGAAGAAUGGUAUAAGUAAGAGCGAAUUACUUCAUAGGGAAGCGGAUGACCUUGCUGUUCGUAUUGCUCUUGGUGAGACACAUGUCAUUGCGGAGACCAAAAAAUAUCUAUCUAGGUCUGGAGUUAAUGUUGAUGCCUUGGAAGAACAUACUUCCAAAAGAAACGAGAAGUUGAAACGAAGCAACCAUGUGAUAUUGGUAAAAAACUUGCCAUAUAGUUCUUCCGAAGAAGAUCUCGCUGCGAUGUUUCAGAAACAUGGAAGUUUGGAUAAAAUCAUUCUCCCACCGACGAGAGUAUUCGCCUUGGUAGUCUUCGUUGAAGCAACUGAGGCUCGUCAUGCUUUCAAAAAAUUGCUAUACACACGAUACAAGGAUACUCCACUGUAUUUGGAAUGGGCACCUGACAAUAUUUUAUCUCCUACCUCAACAACCAUGGAAGAAGACGAAACAAAUACCGCUGGUGAGAGGAUUAUUACAAAAGCUAUUGUAGAUCAAACAAAGGAAGGAGUUAGUGCUGAAGAGAUUGAUCCUGAUAGAGUGGAGUCCCGAUCUGUAUUUGUCAAGAAUUUGAAUUUCAAGACUACAGAUGAAUCGUUAAAGCAGCAUUUCAGUACAAAAUUGAAGACCGGGAGCCUUAAAAGUGCAACGGUGAAAAAACAUAUUAAGAAAGGCAAGAAUGUUUCAAUGGGAUUUGGCUUCGCUGAGUUUGAUUCGGUUGAAACUGCAACCAGUGUGUGCAAGGAUCUACAGGGAACGGUCUUGGAUGGGCAUGCUCUGAUCUUACAACUAUGCCAUGGGAGAAAGGAUGGUCAAACUGCGAAGAAAAAUGAGAAGGACAAGAGUUCAACCAAACUGCUUGUGCGAAAUGUAGCGUUUGAAGCAACUGAAAAGGACCUGAGGCAAUUAUUCAGUCCAUUUGGCCAGAUCAAAACCCUGAGGCUGCCCAUGAAGUUUGGAAGUCACAGAGGUUUCGCGUUUGUCGAAUUCGUGACGAAGCAAGAGGCACAGAACGCCCUUCAAGCCCUUGCAAGCACCCAUCUCUAUGGCCGACAUCUGGUGAUUGAGCGAGCCAAAGAGGGAGAGACCCUCGAAGAAUUGCGAGCAAGAACCGCCGCUCAGUUUGUGGACGAACAGAGCGGUUUCCAGCGGAUGUCCAAGAAGAGGAAACAGACUAGUCUGGUGGACGAAGGCUCUGUUAAGUUCUCAAGGAUAGUAGAAUGAUAAUGUUCUGGAGGUAACACCAGGCGUCAAAUUUUUGACCAUGUAGUAUAUGAUAGCAUCACUCAUCUAAGCCGAGCCUCUUCUACCUUCUCUUGUUUCUUUCGGGUUGUCCAAGCAUUUGUUUUUAUCAUGCCGUGUCGUGUUGGUGCUGGGGAAAAGGAGAAUGCAGCGGCUCGUAUGUGGAAAAUGGAAAACAGUGCGCCCAAAAAAGGCAUUUACAAGAAGUCAAAAUGAUCCAGUUCGAGACACAUUGAUGCCACAAAAUCAGAAAAUGGCCUGGUGUUCUGCUUGUUCAGCUCUAUAACAAAUCUGUACCAGCAGCAGCUAUUCUUGUCCAGCCUGCAGUGAACAUCUUUAUCUCAAAUUUUGUACAGCAAUGUGCAGAUUCAUAGCUGCUAUGUGCAAACCGUAUUAUGUUUUCCGUAUCGA